AUGAUAAGAAUCUACCCAGAAGAAAUAAUUUUUCAAAUUCGAAAAUCGACAAGUUUCAGACUUAGCGUUUUUUUACAAAUUUUUAUAAUUGUUCAGAAAAAUCCGAAUUUUCAGACAAUUUCGAAAUUAUGCAAAAAACAAAUAUUCAAUGCUUCCACUACAACAUUAUUGAUUUUCAAUGUUUCUCUGGUUAAUAUUCAUAAUAUUUCUUAUGCUUUUUUACAGAGUUUGAAAAAUCCCGAUGUCCAUAGAAUCUUCCAGAACUGGUCAUUUUACCGUUCGUUCUUCACUAAAAUCGACGAUAUAAUUUUCGAAUCUGAAGAAUGUUGGCCUUAUCACACCACCAAUGAAUUCACAAAAGUUAUCACAUUCGUCGUUCAAUUUUCUCUAAUCCUCAACAGAAUCUUAGUUACCAUAAAUCCCGAAAAAUACUCAAAAUCUCCCUAUGGAACACUUUUAUGUAUUUUAACACUGGUCGCCGGUUGUCUAUUCACUAUUCAACAAUAUUCUGAAGGACCAACGCGUGGAAUGAUGACUGCAAGUUGUUCCAGAGAGUCUGAUGUAGUGGAAUACAUUGUCCCAUAUAUCACAAUUUGCAUGUUUUCCAUUUUCUGCUCUUUGACGUUGAUUUGUUAUGUCAAAAGAACUUCUGGAAAAAAAACUUUUGAUAUGAUGUUGGAAUAUACAAGAAGAGAGUCUAUGAUUUCUACAACUGCCGUCACGAUAAUUGGUACUAUUCAAUUGCUCAACUACUCUUUUUAUGCUUUAUUCUCGCGAGUAUUGCACACCUGGCCGAGAAAAACCCUAAUCCACAUGAUACAAACAAUCUCAGAAUCUCAGAACCACAGAACCACAGAAUCUCAGAAUCUCAAAAUCUCAGAAUCCUCCGGAACUUCAGAAUUUCAAAAUUCAAGAAUCUCAAAAAAUCUCAAAAUCCCAGAUACUCGGAAUCUCAAAAAUUCGGAAAUUCAGAAAAAAUCCCAAACUUUCCAAUUUCUCCAAUCACUAAUUCUCGUCUGA